AUGCGUAUAAUAAGAGGAUUGCCACUGUUAAGAUUGCUAUGUUACUUUAACAGAAUUGGAAUGGCUAUUGCUGUUAUAAAGAGUGAUAAAGAGAGCAGCAUUAUUUAUUACAGAAAUGGCACUUUAAUGCUAGUACCUCCAAUAUUCCAUUUUGGUUAUGAGAUAUUGGGAACUUUGGAUCUUCUCCUUUUUAACAUCUAUUCUAUUGGAGAUGUCAAGGGAAGCAGUGACACUCCCUGA